AUGCCGCCCUCCGAUGAUGUCCUCCACCGCUUCAGAGAUGACCGGGAACUUUGCGAAGGUGUUGAAUGGGAACUUGAAUUGAUAGAAUCUAAACUUCACGAACAAGACCUCGAGAGCGCACCGCCAACGCCACCAAAGAUGUCGAACUCCAACGUGCCAAAGCCAGGCCCCGCAAAGCUGAGUGCAAAUGCUAGUCUGCCCGAAUGGCUGGAGGAGGCAAAGCAGUGUCACUACCUGCCCGAAAACGAGAUGAAGCAGCUCUGCGAGAUGGUGAAGGAGUGUCUCAUGGAAGAAUCCAAUAUUCAGCCGGUUCGAACUCCAGUUACGAUCUGCGGGGAUAUCCAUGGACAAUUUUACGAUCUACUGGAGCUUUUCCGCAUCGCAGGUGGCAUGCCUGGCGAGACACAUGUGGAGAGACCAUUGACCAUGGCGAAGGCCAUCAGCUCAGAUGAUAUCGAGCCACCAACCGAGAUUACGGACCCUAAGCUGAAGAAGAAGAUUAGGAGCUCAGACAGUGGUAUCGAGAGCGCGAGCGGUGAAGACGACGAAGAGGAAGAGACACGCGGCCGCCCACGUACCGCAGGUCAAUCUAGCCGUGGCGGUAGCUCUGGGGCUGAUUCGGCUAUUGGUGUCAAUGAAGUCUCUGGAAAUGGAAACCAGAACUUCAUUUUCCUGGGAGACUUCGUUGAUCGAGGCUACUUUAGUUUGGAGACUUUUACGUUACUCAUGUGUCUUAAGGCCAUGUACCCCGACAAGAUUACUCUGGUCCGUGGUAAUCAUGAAUCUCGUCAGAUUACUCAGGUGUAUGGCUUCUACGAGGAGUGUCAGCAGAAAUACGGCAACGCUUCUGUCUGGAAGUCUUGCUGCCAAGUUUUUGAUUUCCUCGUCCUCGCUGCAAUUGUUGAUGGCGAGGUUCUUUGCGUUCAUGGCGGUCUGAGCCCAGAGAUCCGCACAGUUGAUCAGAUCCGGGUUGUUGCUCGCGCCCAGGAGAUUCCUCAUGAGGGAGCCUUCUGCGACUUGGUCUGGAGUGAUCCCGAGGAUGUUGAAACUUGGGCAGUUUCCCCACGUGGUGCGGGAUGGCUCUUCGGGGACAAGGUCGCGACGGAAUUCAACCAUGUAAACGGAUUAAAGCUCAUCGCACGUGCCCAUCAACUGGUCAACGAGGGGUAUAAGUAUCACUUCUCUCAGAAAUCUGUUGUCACCGUUUGGUCCGCCCCUAACUACUGUUAUCGAUGUGGCAACGUCGCAUCCAUCAUGAACGUUGGCGAAGAUCUGACCCCCAAAUUCAGCAUCUUCAGUGCCGUCCCUGAGGAUAAGCGUGCAGUCCCAGCUGGCCGCCGUGGUGCUGGUGAAUACUUCUUGUGA